UUGGAAGGUUUCAAGUUGAUGUGCAAGUUCGAAGGAAUCAUUCCUGCUUUGGAGACGAGUCAUGCAAUCUACUAUGCCGUGCAACUUGCCAAGAAGCUCGGCCCCGGUAAGGAUAUUGUGAUUAACAUGAGUGGACGUGGUGACAAGGAUAUGCCCCAAGUGGCCAAAAUCAUGGGAGUGGAAGUGUAA